UCUGCUAGUCACAGUAAAAGAAAUACAAUCACUGCGGAAACGGAACCAUAUACCAUCUUGGGAUUCGGAUUAGAACUUCUGUUGACUAAAUUGGAAAACAUUCAUUUAGAACUACGUAAUGAAAUACACAAACAUCAUGCUACUCACAUGGCAUCUCUCCACAAAAUCGAAGAACAUCUCACGACGCAGUCAGUAGCUUGUGGCACGGCGAAGGAAAAACAAUCCACCUAUGCAGUAUCGAACCAACAAAGUGUCACUCCAACAUUAUCACCAUCGAAGUCUAAGGAUCUUUCAUAUUCAUCCUGCAAGAACGGACCAACGAUGACGUCUGGUACCUAUCUGAUCCGUGUGACAAAUGACAGUGAACCGAUCAAAGUGUUUUGUGAACAUGAAAAGUUUGGUGGUGGAUGGAUUGUUAUACAACAUCGAUUCGACGGUACAAUUAACUUCAACCGGAACUGGUCCGAAUAUCGUGACGGAUUUGGUGAUUUAGAGAAGGAAUUCUGGCUCGGUUUGGAGAACAUGCACCAAAUAACAAUGGCACGAGCGCAUGAAAUAAUAUUUGAAAUGAAGGACUUUAGCGGCACUUACAAGUAUGCACGUUACAAUGCAUUCAAGAUCGGAAGUGAAAAUGAGCAAUACCGCCUGAAUGUCCUUGGAACGUACAGUGGCACUGCAGGUGACUCAAUGUCCUAUAACAAGGGAAUGAAAUUUACUACGAAAGAUCGGGACAAUGAUCUGAUUGCCGAUACGCAGUGUGCGCACUACACUGCCGGAGCCUGGUGGCAUAAUUCGUGUACUUACGUGAAUUUCAACGGUCUGUACAUAAAUGCUAACAACUCAACAUCUAUCUUAUGGUUCAAGUUUAAAGACAACCAACAAGGCCUGAGCUUCUCGAGAAUGAUGAUUCGUGAACUGGAGUAAGGGUUUUGAAAAUGAUUUGUUACUAACACUAAUAAAUAAAUUAUUUAAAAAAGGAAAUAAAAAUUAAAUUGA